AGAGUGGGUGGGAACUCAACACAAAGUUUGAUGGAAUAUUAAUUCUUUCUUCGCUUGGAUGCAGAAUGGCUUGUUUUUAUGUUCCAGGUUUGUUUCUAUUGAUCCUGAUUAUUGUCUCAUCAGAAUGCAGCGAUAUCCAAACUGUGACUGCGGAUGAUGCUGUUACUCUCUGUAGAUUUAAUUCAAGUGAAAUCGAUACAGGAGGCAGAGUCAAGGUGGCAAAUUACACCUCAGACAAAAAAGCCAUGGUCAUCUUUGAGUGGCCCAAACAGGCUCAACAAGCUAAACGAUUGUCAUGGAAGCCUGAUGGAAAUGGACUGAUGUGUCUUCAUCUGAAAAACGUACAAAAAUCUGAUGAAGGGACGUACAGCUGUGAAAUGUGGCGAGGAUGGGAUCGUGUCCGGGUGACAAACAUGACUCUGAAAGUAAAAGAUUGCAAAAGCCUUUCUGCAGUGAAAGCAAAACUAGACUCAUCCUUCAGGCUGCAGUGCUCUGUGGACAUCACACCAGAGAAGCAAAGACCACAAAAUGUCUCCUGGGCAAAGCUGAAAGGACGUCACCAUGAACCUGUUGACUCUCGGAGGGUUGGACCAGACAACACAUUGAUAUUCCAGACUGUGAGUUACAGUGACAGUGGCUGGUAUCGGUGUAAUUACGUUCUUGGAACAACUAAGCGCUGCGUUGACGUCCGUCUAAAUGUCCAAGAAGCAGAUGACACCUCUGAAGAUAAAACAGCCACGAUCAUCCCAAACACCCCAACAGACACUCAGCAAGGAUCACACCAGGAAGCUGAGCACAGUGCGACUGUGAUCGCAGUGGUACUCUCUGUUGCUUUUGGGUUGACGAUUGCUACCGUAUUUGGAGUGUUCUUUUACCGCAGACAACAAAGGAGGAAAGUAACGGCACAGCGUCAGACUGCAGGGAGACAUAUGGAGACUGUGGACAUCUAUAUACCUUUGACUCCGCCACAAUCACGGGAUCCUGCAAACUAUCGCGUCAGCAGUCUUUAUGAGGAUGAAGAGAUGAAUACCUGUGAGUACACAUCUAAAGUCAUAAUCACGGGUCUUUGAAAUCAUACUGGACUGAAACAUGGAACUAAAAUCAUUUUCUCUUCUUCAUCACAGUUUACUAUUAGAUGUUCUAUCCCGCCUCUGGAAAAAGAAGAUCCUCGUUGCACAGAGUCAGUUUGUGUAACAUGCAGCAUGUCUCUUAGGAGUCUUGUAUUAUUGCAUGUAAUCAUCUGAAUUGGACGAAUGAAAUGUUUGUCAUAUCAUUUCUGAAAAAUGUUGAUCAUAAUAAGGGAAGUUGUAAAUGUCAGUCAACAAAUAUUUCUUCUUGUUACAAGAGGAUUUGCUAUUUCAAGCAGAGGUCUACAAAACCCUAGUUAU